CUGAUCUCUUUCUGAGUUUGCCAGAUGGAUGGAUACUCUCAUAUCCAUUCUGCUACUAAUGGCCCCGUGAGGUGAGCCUUGGAUGCAAGGCUGACAGGUAACAAAUUCCCUCACAAAAAGAGCUUGGAGAAGAAUGAGUGGACCAGGAGAGGAUAAAGUGGUGUGUGUGACUGGAGCUUCGGGUUACAUAGCUUCAUGGCUGGUCAAGCAGCUACUUGGCCGGGGUUAUACAGUUAAAGCUUCUGUUCGAGAUGCCAAUGAUCCAAGAAAGACGGAACAUUUGACGUCACUUGAUGGAGCCAAGGAGAGACUGAAGUUGUUUCAGGCGAACUUACUUGAUGAUGGAUCCUUUGACGAAAUAGUUCAAGGAUGUACUGGCGUUUUUCAUACCGCUUCUCCUGUUAUUUUUUCGGUUAGCGAUCCGAAGAAAGAAUUAAUAGACCCUGCAGUAAAGGGAACACUGAACCUGCUUCAAUCAUGUGCAAAAGUUUCAUCUAUCAGAAGAGUGAUCCUGACAUCUUCUACGGCUGCAGUUCUGGCAAAACCAGAGCUAAAUAAAGAUUCAUUUGUUGACGAAAGUUGGUUUUCUAACCCAUCAUACUGUGAGGAGCAAAAGAUGUGGUAUCAACUGUCAAAAACUUUAGCAGAGGAUGCUGCUUGGAAAUUCUCAAAGGAGCAUGGCAUUGACAUGGUUUCAAUCAAUCCAGGAUGGGUCUUUGGUCCCAUUCUGCAGCCUUCUAUCAAUCUAAGUGCAGGAUUGGUCCUGGAUGUAGUAAAUGGGGCUCAAUCAUUUCCUGAUGCAUGUGUUGGAUGGAUUGAUGUUAGAGAUGUUGCCUGUGCACAUAUUCAUGCCUUUGAAAUCCCUUCUGCUAAUGGAAGAUAUUGUGUUGUUGGGAAAAAUGUGCACUGGUCCGAGAUCGUCAAGAUUCUGAGGCAACUUUUCCCUACCCUUCAACUUCCAACUAAAGGUUCUCCUAAUAGCACCUUCGGUAUGGGAGAAUUCGAAGUGUCAAUGGAGAAAACAAAAGGUUUGGGAAUCAAUCUCAUUCCAUUGGAAGUGAGCCUGAAGGACACCGUUGAAAGUUUCAAGGAGAAGAAUUUUAUUACUUUUUAAAUAAAGAACGGUUUAAAUUUGUAAGAAUUUGUGUUCCUAAAAGAAUCAUAAAGAUUAUACAUUAUAGUUCAUAGAGUUGUAUAAUUAAAAAAAUUAUUCAAUGUUCGUACCAUCUGUUGUAUCUAUUGUAAUUAUUGAUUCUUGGAUGUAUUUGUAUUUGUUACAUGUUUGAUGUAUUGUCUAACUACCGGAAGGGGUCUAAGGAAGAUGACUGGUGGGAAAGUGGCGUGUGUGACGGGAGCUUCGGGAUACAUAGAUUGAUGGCUAGUCAAGCUGCUUCUAGACCGCGGUUAUACUGUUGAAGCUUCAGUUCAUGAUCUCAAUACGUCAUUCAAAACUCCCUAUAAGCCAUUUCUGCAAGCUGCUAAUUGUGUUUAUACUUAAUAGAUUAUUGUUGCUUUAGAUCUGUUUGUAUAAAGGUCUCUUUUAGUAUUGAUGUUGUAGAGAGCAUUGGAAUGCUGUCACGUAAAAUUUUAGAUAUCUUAAGGGAAUUUUUAAGUUGUGUUUGUAUUUCGACAAUAGUAAGAUCAUGCUAGACACAUGCACCGAAGCAUAUAUGACAAGUGAUUUUGAUAAUAGGAAGUCUACA